CUGCCUGACCUGCUGCGCUUUUCCAGCAACACAUUUUCAGCUGCUUGGGACUAUACACCUGCAUUACAGUCACAUAACAGUGAAUCCUUUUCGGAUGACCCAGUCAUCUUUCUGUCAACAAAGCCAAAAGGAUGCACAGACAGCCUUCCCCUUGAAAAGGCACAAACGAGGGAACCGGAAGAGAUUCUGGCCAGGAGGAGAAUGAGCUGGGGGGAGCGGUCUAAAAGACGUUCAACCGUGCAAUCCAGAGAGAGGCCAGGUAUUGUGAUCACGAAACAACCAGAGUCUGCCUCUGUCCCAGCCGGGUGCCCUGUAACUCUCCAGUGUGUUGCUAUUGGACCUACCCCUCUGCAGUACCAGUGGUUUAAAGGCCAGGAGGAGAUUGCUGGAGCUGUUCAGUCGGUACUGCCCGUUAAUGAGAAAAGGAGUGCGGUCUACGUGUGCCGAGUGCACGAUCAGCAGAACGAAUGUGUAUUCAGCGACUGGGCGAAGAUCAAAGUUCAUUUUAUCAAAUCCGAGUUACCUCACAGGUGGAAGGGGGAGCCAGUGAUUGGACUACAGCCUGAAUCUCUGAGGGUCAAAGUUGGUCAGAGGGUGUCCUUGAGGUGUGUUGCUUUCGGAAUUCCUGCUCCAAAAUACCAGUGGUACAAAAAUGGCAUCCCGUUACCUCACCAAACUGAAGGGGAGUUGGCGAUAGCCACGGUCGAGAUGAGACACUACGGGACGUACCUGUGUGCGGUCAGCAAUGACCAAGGAGAGUGCUGGAGCUCUGCUGCUGACCUGAGUGUAGUUGAAAUCAUUCCUAUCGCUGUAUCAUUGCCUCCUCUCAGAGUGGCAGGCUCUGGAGAAAGGAAAGUAACAGCAACGUUGCCGUCCAUCUGCCGGAAGCCAGAUGCACCUCAAGAAGUGAGACUAUGUGCGACUGACAAAGUGGCGCUGCUGAUCGGGAACAUGAACUACGUGAAUCACCCCAAGCUGCUGGCCACUGUGAUGGAUGUUUUUGAACUGUCAAACCUGUUGCAGCAGCUAAAUUUCCGGGUGGUUUCCCUAAUGGACCUGACUAAAGAGGAGAUGCAGAGUGCAGUCAUGCAAUUUCUUCAGCUCCUGGACUCCGGUGUCUACGCUCUAUUUUACUAUGCCGGGCAUGGCUACGAGUGUUCAGGCAGGAACUAUAUGGUACCAGUAAAUGCUCCAAACCCGUACAGACCAGAGAACUGCAUCAACGUUCAGAAAAUCCUCUGCAAGAUGCAGGUGAAGAACACAGCCCUGAAUGUCCUCCUGCUGGACAUGUGUCGGAAAUGGUAUAAUCAGGAAUACUUGCCCUCAGACCUACAGCCGCUUGCUCCCACUGGGAACAUCGUCUAUGGAUACGCGACGUGUGAAGAUGCGGAAGCCUAUGAGGUACAGGAUGGAGAGUACAGCUCAGGAAUCUUUAUGAAGUACCUUAAAAGGCAUAUCCUGAAGAAAGAGAAAGUCACCCAGGUUUUGGAGAAUGUCUCUGAGGAAAUGGGGAAGGACCAAUUGAUUACCGGCAAGCAAGUGAUGGAGAUCAGACACACCUUGAAGGAGUGCCGGGCCCUGACUGAUGAGAUCUGUACGAAGGGUCACACAGUGCAACUCCGAGUGAGGAAUGAGCGUUGGAAACAAGCCAAUGAACUGCCAAAGAGAAGGACCAUUCGCUUUCCGUGUGGUGUGGAAGUGGAGUUGAGCUGCAGUGCCAUCUUCUCCAAUGUAAUGAUUGUCUACGCCAACAUUAAGACAAGGCCCUCAGAUAUCGCCAAGUGUAAAGUCUUCCUUCAGAAACCAGAGGAGUUGGCAAGUGCCUGUUCCGAUCUCGACGGAGAGUCAUCCCAGAUCGACUCGCUUCUAUCGUCUCUGAGCAAUGACCAGCCGUCAGACACUACACUGAGACUGAGCGGCCUACAUAAACUCAAGCAACCUUUGCUUCUACGGCUGACCCUAAAAUACUGGACCUUUCAGGAACACCCAAAGCUGGAAGAAACAGCAACAGUGAACUUGGGGCAUCCACUAGUGGCACAGCUGGAGCUGUACAGGACAAUGUCCAGUGCCACCAGCACCAGCAGCAAUAACCAGGACUCUACAUCGGUGCCUGACACCACCAUCACAAAGGAUGCCAGCAGUUCCUGCAGGUCCGGAACACGGACAGCAGUCAAUAAGAGAGAGCUCAAAGCAUCAGUCAGCCGGGCCAGAACGUCCAACCAACCAGAGGAAAACGAUGAAAGUGAAAUAUCAUAUGGGUAACACAUCCAGCUUCUGGUGGACACAUCAACCUGUAUUAAACAUUUGUAGGUAUGCACUCAGCAGUAGUGAUAACACUUGGGUUAGAUCCUUAUAUUCACAGUAGGGGCUGCUGGGCAGCUCCUGGUUAGUGCCUGGGUCUGUUGUCUGUAUUUCAGUGUAAAUGUGAGUCACUGAUUUGCACUGAGGGGCUGAAUGGCCUACUGCUGUUCCUUAGCUGGUCUGAACUCAGUGUUAACUUCACUGGCAGUGUGCCCCAGUCGGGGACACAUUUCUGAGAGAGAGAAUGAGAGAUGCAGCGACGUGUUCCUGGAACAAGCUGGGCAGCUGUUUGAGGCUGUGCUGUCCGUUCACUCGCAUUUGUCUCCAUCGGCCUUCCCUCUGACUCCGAUGGGAUUUCAGCAAACCCACGUCAGGUCUGUCAGAAAGGGACUGGGAUGCUCAGCAUGGCGACUUCAUCCCGGGAAUGUUUACUGCCGCCCGGACAUAACUGAGCCACAUCCUUGCAGCUUCUAAAUGGUUAGCUCCCUCAUUAAGUUCACCAAAUUGGUGACAUGUAGCUAAGUCAUUGUAACUCGAGAGUUAAUAACGCUGCCGUCACUUCAUUUAACCGUGAAAUGUUAAUGCUGCUUGAAUGUAUAGGGACACCAGUUUGGUGAUAUAAUACACGCUCAUAAAGCCAACUGGUAUCAGCGAGAGUUUCUGGACUGUAAUGAUCGGGUAAAAACAAUGACUGCAGAUGCUGGUAACCAGAUUCUGGAUCAGUGGUGCUGGAAGAGCACAGCAAUUCAG